AUGCGCUUUGGGAAGAAAAGGAAGUUAUUACCAUGUUUUAUCGGUCCUUUUAUGAUUUCGGAUCGAAUUGGAGCGGUGGCUUGUCGCUUAGCACUUCCAGACCAAUUAGAUCGGGUUCACAAUGUGUUCUAUGUUUCCAUGUUGUGGAAAUUUCUUCACGACGAGGAUCGUUAUCAGCAUGUUGAUGUUGGUGAGAUUAAGUUACAAUCGGAUGCAACUUAUGUGGAACCACCCUAUCGUAUUGUUGACCGUAGGGAUCAGAUUCUUUGUAAUAAGGUCAUUCCUUUAGUACGUGUCCAAUGGAGUUAUCACAAUGAGGCUGAAUCUACUUGGGAACGGGAGGACGUCUUUCGCUCAACCUUUCCAGACAUAAUGGAUGAAGGUAAGGGUGAAUUCAGAUGA